AUGAAAUUUGGUUCAAGAUGGCUAAUACUCUUCACCAUAAUUGGCUUUUCUCUUAUUUUUCUUGUGGAAGAGGUGACAAAAGGCAUCAUCUUCAUGAAAAUAAUGAAUAGCUAUGGAGAAGAAAUAGUUUUGAAAUCUUACAAAGUUCGAAAUAGUACUAUAAACAUCGGCAUAAUUAUAGUAAUAGGAGAUACCAAAAAUCAAAAUCAAUAUAGAACAGCUCGCUCAACCGUAGAAUGUUAUUCCAAAAUGUACAAAUAUAAUUUGUAUAUAAUUGAUAUGUCAAUCCUGACGAAUAUAGGCAUCAAAUGCCAACAGAAAGAUAUUUUCUUUCGACGCCACUGUUUUGUGGUCGAAAAGCUUAAAGAAAUCAAGGACGAGUGGCUGCUUUUCCUCGAUGCCGAUAUUGGCGUAAUGAAUCCCAAUCACUUAAUAGAAGAAUAUAUACCGAGGGAUGACAAGCAGAUUAUAUUUUAUCGCCGCAUUUUCAAUCACGAAGUGAUGGCUGGAUCAUACUUAUUCAAAAAUUCCGGAUAUUCUCGUAAAUUUUUAAGUUUCUGGGCAAAUUACGAAUUUCAAUUGCCUAACUCAUUUCAUGGCACUGAUAAUGGAGCUCUGCAUAUGGUCUUAUUGAAGUUUGACGCUCUUUCACAGAAUAGAAAUACUAGCCAAAUAGAAAAGUGUCAAAGGUUAUGGGAAAAAUCCAUCGACUAUAAUACUCUGUCGAUAUUCGAGGUUUGUGUGCAGGAGCUGUUUUUGAAACAACCAUUGAAACAAAUAACAAUACUUCCGAAAGGAAGAACAGCCUGGUCUCGGGAUGGAUGGCUUUCAAACUCGAAAUGGAGUUCGAAAGAUUUCAUGUUUCAUGGCUGGCAGGAACGAAGACGAGAUAUCUAUAUACACGGACGAUGGCACAAUCCGCUGACUGUUGAUGAAAUCGACAAGGAAAAGUGCGAUUCACCGGUGCAAGCCGUUCAGAACUGGCGAUACAAAGAUAGUUUUAUGUUAGAAGAUCAUGACAUUGAUACAAUGCUGCUAGAUAAAAUAAACUCAAUCCAACGAGACUAUUCUGACAUCAAAAGUGAAAAUGAGCUUUGA